AUGGGCAAGAAGGAUAUCGAGAAGGGCGGCGACGAGCCUGCCCAGCACCACGACGACUACGAAGGUCUGGACGAGUACGCCGCUCUCCAGAAGUUCAUCACCACCUACCGCGACCCCAAGGCCGCUCACGCCGAGGAGGAGGCCGAGGAGGGCGAGGCGAAGAAGGCGCCCUGGUACGCUCCUUGGAAGAAGUCCAAGGCGGGUCCCGGCGGCGACCUGACCGUCCCGCCCGCAUGGCUCGAGGCCGACAUCCAGACCGGUAUCUCUGAGAGCGACGUCCAGGCCCGCCGCAAGAAGUUCGGCUGGAAUGAAAUCGUCACCGAGAAGGAGAACCUGUUCCUCAAGUUCCUUGGUUUCUUCCAGGGCCCCGUCCUCUACACCAUGGAGGUCGCUGUCCUGCUCGCCGCUGGUCUCCGCAACUGGAUCGAUUUCGGUGUCAUCAUUGGUAUUCUCGUUCUUAACGCUAUCGUCGGUUGGUACCAGGAGAAGCAGGCUGCCGAUGUCGUCGCUUCCCUGAAGGGUGACAUUGCCAUGCGCUGCACCGUCGUUCGCGACGGCCGCGAGCAGAACAUCCUCGCCCGCGAGGUCGUCCCCGGUGACAUUGUCGUUCUCGAGGAAGGCCAGACCGUCCCCGGUGAUAUCCGCCUGAUCUGCGACUACUCCAGCCCCCAGGACUUCGAGCGCUACAAGGAGCUCCGCGACACCGACAAGUUCAAGGAGGAUGACCCUGAGGAGGAGGAGAACGCUGAGGAUGAGUCUGACAAGAACCACAAGUUCGGUCAGCCCCUCGUUGCCUGCGAUCAGUCCGCCAUCACUGGUGAAUCGCUCGCUGUCGACAAGUUCAUGGGCGAUGUCUGCUACUACACCACUGGCUGCAAGCGUGGCAAGGCGUACGGCGUUGCUCUCACUUCCGCCAAGCAGUCUUUCGUCGGUCGCACCGCCUCGCUCGUUGCUGGCGCCAAGGACUCUGGUCACUUCAAGGCCAUCAUGGACUCCAUUGGAACCUCGCUGCUCGUCCUCGUCGUCUUCUUCAUCCUCGUCGCCUGGAUUGGUGGCUUCUUCCGUUCGCUCAAGAUCGCCACCCCCGAGGACAGCUCGAACAACCUGCUCCACUACGCCCUCAUUCUGUUCAUCGUCGGUGUCCCCGUCGGUCUUCCCGUCGUUACCACCACCACCCUCGCCGUCGGUGCUGCCUACCUUGCUGAGGAGAAGGCUAUCGUCCAGAAGCUCACUGCCAUCGAGUCCCUCGCUGGUGUCGAUGUUCUCUGCUCUGACAAGACUGGUACCCUCACUGCCAACCAGCUCUCUCUCCGUGAGCCCUACGUCGCUGAGGGCCAGGACGUCAACUGGAUGAUGGCUUGCGCUGCUCUCGCUUCGUCGCACAACAUCAAGUCGCUCGACCCCAUCGACAAGGUUACCAUUCUCUCGCUCAAGCGCUACCCCAAGGCCCGUGAGAUCCUUCAGCAGCCCUGGAGGACUGAGAAGUUCACUCCCUUCGACCCCGUCUCCAAGCGCAUUACCUCCAUCUGCUGGCUCAACGGUGACAAGUACAUCUGCGCCAAGGGUGCCCCCAAGGCCAUUGUCAACCUCGCCAACUGCUCCAAGGAGGUCGCUGACCUGUACCGCGACAAGGCCACCGAGUUCGCUCGCCGUGGUUUCCGUUCGCUCGGUGUUGCCUACCAGAAGAACGAUGGUGACUGGAUCCUUCUUGGUCUGCUCUCCAUGUUCGACCCCCCGCGUGAGGACACUGCCCAGACCAUCCUCGAGGCCCAGAACCUUGGUGUCCCCGUCAAGAUGCUUACUGGUGACGCUAUUGCCAUCGCUAAGGAGACUUGCAAGAUGCUUGCUCUUGGUACCAAGGUCUACAACUCUGAGAAGCUCAUCCACGGUGGUCUGACCGGCGCUGCCGCUCACGAUCUCGUUGAGCGCGCUGAUGGUUUCGCUGAGGUCUUCCCCGAGCACAAGUACCAGGUCGUCGAGAUGCUCCAGCAGCGUGGUCACUUGACUGCCAUGACUGGUGACGGUGUCAACGAUGCUCCCUCUCUCAAGAAGGCUGACUGCGGUAUUGCCGUCGAGGGUUCCACCGAGGCUGCCCAGGCUGCUGCUGAUAUUGUCUUCCUUGCUCCCGGUCUUUCCACCAUCGUCCUCGCCAUCAAGAUCUCUCGCCAGAUUUUCAACCGCAUGAAGGCCUACAUCCAGUACCGUAUCGCUCUUUGCCUGCAUCUCGAGAUCUACCUCGUCUCCUCGAUGAUCAUCAUCAACGAGACCAUCCGCUCUGAGCUCAUUGUCUUCAUUGCCCUGUUCGCCGAUCUUGCCACCGUCGCCGUCGCCUACGACAACGCCUUCUCUGAUGAGCGCCCUGUCGAGUGGCAGCUGCCCAAGAUCUGGAUCAUCUCCGUCGUUCUCGGUAUCAUGCUCGCUGCUGGUACCUGGAUCAUCCGUGGUGCUCUGUUCCUCAAGACCGGUGGUUUCGUCCAGAACUUCGGUUCCGUCCAGGAGAUUCUCUUCCUUGAGGUCUCGCUCACUGAGAACUGGCUGAUCUUCGUCACCCGUGGUGGUAAGACCUGGCCCUCGUGGCAGCUCGUCUUCGCCAUCUUCGGUGUCGAUGCCCUCGCUACCAUCUUCUGUAUCUUCGGCUGGCUCUCCGGCGACCCACAGCCCACCUCCCCCAAGUCCGCUUUCGUCGAGCGUGAGGAUGGCUGGACUGACGUUGUCACCGUUGUCGUUGUUUGGUGUUACUCCAUUGGUGUCACCAUCAUCAUUGCCAUUGUCUACUUCCUUCUCAACCGCCUCCCCGCCCUUGCCGAUCUCGGCCGCAAGAACCGUGGCCACAAGGACGAGCGCAUUGAGAACAUCAUCAGCCGCCUCUCCAAGCUUGCUCUGGAGCACGAGGUCGACCCCGAUGGAAGGGGCCGCUACACCAUCGUCCAGAAGGUGGCUGAGGAGGAGGAGGACUAA